AGCGGGGUCGUUACUAAUAAAGUAAUUAUAUAGCGUUAGGCAUUCCAUCUCGUAUCAUAGAAUUGGUUUAACUCAGUAUAUAUCUAAGUUUCCGAUGACGAUUUCGUAACUAAGAAAGGAACAUGGUAGACGACACCGAUACCGAGUCGGAGCCGCAGCUCCGCUCGGUCGAUUACGUAACCAGUGAUAUCGCAGGUAUUAACAACGACCUCGCGUUCUCUGACGAGACCGGUUGGAACGAGGAUCCGUCGAAAGACGAUCUUUCGAAAUUAGAUGUGGAACAGAAGGAGCUGCACUGGAAACGAGUGUUCCUCAAAAAAGGAACUGCAACUCGCGCGCAGCACGCUACAAAUAAAGGAACAACUGGAGAAAGCCAAGGAUCAAGCCAAGAAGGAGCACAACGCAAAGAAGGAAGCUAUUGAACAACUCAAGGCGGAGGCAAGGCGAGCUGAUGACCUCAAGUCAGCUAUGGAUGAGGAGCGAUCUCACAUCGGUCGCAUAGAGGACAAAGUAGCACGGCUUGAGGCCAACAAGGUCAAGCUCGAGGAACAAGCGAGCUACAUCGUCUGUGGAGUUUGUAGUACUAGCGACAACAAGUCUAAGUUCAUAGUAGACGGCGGACUUCUCUGCCUGGGCUGCGACAUUAGAGCGGUCUGCCCCGGGUGUAAGAAGGAUUCCGAUUGCAGAGAGCUGUGCAAGAUAGUACUCCCGCGGGUCUUCGAUAAUCCAUCUUCUUCUAUCUGCGCCUUUUGCAGGCAGACUGAAUCAAUUAGAAGCAUCCCACACCGAGGUGGCCGAGUAUUUGCGUUCCCAGCAGGGCAUGUUGUCGGAGAAACAGGCUAA